AUGGCCUCUAAGAAGAUUCAAACCAUUCUUGCGGCGAAAGGGAAAAACGUGAGCGCCUCCUUCUCAAGUUACUUCCAUACUGACUCAAGCCAAGGCGAAAGACGUGAACCGAUUAUCAAUCUGGCCUCCUUGGGGGCAAAGAAGAAUAUCUCCUGGGUGGAUGAGAGAAACUCUCGGAACGAAGAAAGGAGUUUUUUGGGCUCGAAGAAUUCAAGAGAAUGUUCCCUCUCGCCUGUUUCAGACGCUGACUCGAGCACGGGCUCAUACCAUGGAUCCCCGCAUGACGACCAACAGAAGAAGAUUGCAUCAGCGUCCAUAGGUGAGUCUUAUUCUAUGGCCAUGCUAGUUAUGGUGACGGGAGCAAUGUCUAUUGAAGAACAGCUAGCCCAUAUGAGCGAAGUGGUCACGAAACUGACGAAGAUGGUUGAAGAGAAGGAUGCGCAGAUUGCUUCUCUCAUCAACAAGUGGGAAGCGCAUCAGGAUAAGGAGCCUGGUCAAGACGCAAACAAGAAAGGACCACAUCAUGAGGCUGAAUCCAGCGAGAAAGGAUUGGGUCAUGAAAUAGAGUCGGGUGAGAAGUCGCACGGAAAAGUUGACGCUGCCUCGGUGGGUUUUUUUUCGAUCCAACAACUUCAGGACAUGAUCGCGAACACCAUCAGGGUUCAAUACGGAGCACCUUCCGGAGACACGCUCAUGUAUUCUAAGCCAUACACCAGGAGGAUAGACAACUUGCGGAUGUCGACAGGAUAUCAACCUCCCAAAUUCCAACAAUUCGAUGAAAGGGCAACCCAAAAUAGCAUGUUGCACACUUCGUCGAAACAUGCAACAAUGCCGGGACAGAGGGUGACCAUCUGGUGA